CUGACAUGGCAUAAAAUGAUUGGUUACUUCUUAUCGUGUUGCUGAAAAUCGAAUGCAGAAGAACGCGCGCGUCUGAAACAGAAUAAAAUUUGGGGGAUUUAGGGUUUUCUUCUGCACGAAUCCUCAAUUAAAUCGUUCCUUGAAAAUGGAAUCCGAAGGGCAAAAAAGUGCGGUGAACCCUUCAGCAAUGUUGGCUUCUUUGCUUAGUAGAAGAGCCAAACUUCAUGAAGAGCUUCGUAAUAUUGAAAAGCAGGUUUAUGAUAUGGAAACAAGUUAUUUACAGGAUCCUGGACAGUGUGGCAAUGUAUUAAAGGGAUUUGAAGGGUUCCUAUCGUCAACAAAGAACACUGCAUUCUUGAAGCGGUCUAGAAAGUUUCAGCCCGAAGAUAGGCUCUUUUCAUUAUCUUCAGUGACCUCGCCAGCGGCAGAAGAGCUUGCGGCUGGACGAGACGAUGGGAGAUCAGAUUUUGGACCUGGUCGAUCAAAAGGUGGAACGAUUUAUGCAAAUGGACAGGGUAAACCGAAGAAAGGAAGAGGUGCGCCAAGAGAUGCGAAGAGAGCAAGGGCUUCAAGUGAACAAGAUUUUGAUUAUGAAGAUGAUCCUGACAUGACAUUGUGAUUGAACAUGUUGGAGCAAAUACAACUUUCUGUUAAACUUUUUGGAAUAUAAGAGCCUGGAAAAACCUGCAUUAGAUAGGCCAUUGGUUCUCUGCAAUUCCUCAUUCUAUGUAUAUAUUGGCUCCUAGUAGGUGGAUUUUCUACUUAGGUGAAUUUUAUGCUUUAUGCAACAAAAAAAAUUGGAAGACUAGAUGAUUGUUUCAUUAGCUUUGUUAUGAUUUGUUAUUGUAAACCUGUACAGAACCAAGUUUGAUCACCAACUUGUAGAAGUUGAUGUUUACCAUUUGCGGUUUUUGGUGGGAAUCCAGAGUACCACUACCUUGGAAAGAAAAAAACAUUUAAAGUGAAAAUGUUCUUUAUUUGUUAGUAACCACAUGUGAAAAUGAUUAGAUAUUGAGACUG